CGAAACCGUUAGAGGUAAUUAUAGGGGGGCUUCCCUGCAUCAUGAGCCGCAACCAAGACGGUGACAGCAGCUCCACGACGCGGCUGCCCAACAUAUACGCGUCGCCUGGUAAUGUUGGCGUCCAGAUCGACUCGUACCGGACCAAGGACAUGUUUCACCGCCCGCGAUCGACCAAAUUUACGACGGCGUUCCACGGGCACAUGUUUCAAGACCACACGCUCAAGAACGCCAAGCGCAUGCUCGCGCGGGAGCUCCAGAGACGACGAGACGAAGAAGAGCGGGGCAAGAAGCUCGCCGAGUACCAAAUCCAGCGCCUCGAGGCCAAAGUGCAAUUGGAGGAAAAACGAAAACACCGCGAGUACUUGCGCAAGCAACGGGCAUGGGAAAUGCAACAAGCUAUGAAAGCAGCGUCCCAACUUGCGUUGGAGCACCGGUCGGUCGUGCGAAUUCAAUCCAUGCACCGUGGCUGGCGUGUGCGACGGGCAGUUCGUCGCCAAGCUCACGCUGCCACAACCAUUCAAGCCACUGUGCGGCGGCACCGAACACAGCAAGAGUAUACAAGGCAGCGACGCGCCCAUCGCGUGCUGCAGAACCAAUGCGCCGUCAAAAUUCAAGCACACGUUCGACGGCAUCUCAGCACCAAGCGACUGGCCCAAAUGAAGGCAUCUGUUCAAGUUGCUUGCAUUCCGCCUAGUGUAAACCCGAACGACUCGCUCUCAGCAUCGCCUGCAACGAAUUUAAUCAACCCGACACCACCACUUCCGUCAGACAUACCACAUACCACCUCAUCUGCAGACAAACAAGAAGAGAUUCGUUUCCCUGUCGCCGUGGCGCAUGCCCCAACACCACCUCCAGCAAAGCCAAAACUACCAUCAUCGAACAACUUCGUCCUCAAACGCGUUGGAGGUGGGUUUCGCCGUAUUGUGCAGCCGCCACAACUCGAGAUUGCGCCCAUGCCUCCAUCCUCCGCGCGGUCCCCACUGUCGUCUGUCGCUUCCACGUCGACCAAGAAACGCUUUGCAAUGCCUCAGCCCCCCCAACGUUCGUUCCUCCAACGAUGGAACGAAGUACCGUCCCCUGUUGCCAAGUCGCUGGAGUCUUUCAUUCAAGACCCCAACUUGGCUGGAAAGCUCAAAAUUUCCUUCCCGACCCCUCCAUUAAGCGAUGCUGAUCCCCCCGUUUUGUGGCGAAGCCGCGACGCCGCCGAGUUGUGUGCGGCCAUGGAUGCAGCACUUCAUGUUGCCGAAACAUUCAACAUCACAGAGGAAGAAAUGCAGCCGCCGCUGACGCAGCAGGAUGUGGUCGAGCUCACUACUGCAAUGGACGACAUGAUAUCGUUGGAGGAUACCGUACCAGAAUGCUUGGACCAAGGGUUGCCGUUUGUCGUCCCAGUGUUCCCGAUCACAAUAAUGGAGAAACCACCUAGCCGUCCCGAAGUACCCGACCCAGUGCGAGUGAUCGAGCCGCGCGCCAUUUCGCAGUGGCUGUCUACGCCAACGUCAUCCCACGAUGGAGAAUGGACGGUAUUGCUGGACGCAGACUUCGAUGCGAAGGCCGACUUAAUCAACAUGCCGCUUGCCCCGCCGCCCGACCAAGACGACGAUGAUCACCGCAUCGAGCGGUGUGAAAACAUCAGCGUCCUUUCGUCAGGUGGCAUGGAACAUGCCGACUUUGACGACUCUCUGGCUACCCUCGAGCCGAUUCUGGCUGGCCGCCGUCGUCCCAAGUCGAUCCUAAAAAAGUCUACCAAAGCCAACCCCACGGCGCCCGUCUUGGCUGUGGGCAGUAGCCAAUUUAGCCUUCGCAAGGACUCCAAGCGAGCGCACUGGGUCAUAGACGACGCGUGCGACGAUACUCUCCUUGGUGCACCGUCGUUGCCACCGCUAUCGCUAACUUAAUAAUCCAACACUGCCCACCCCA